CAUAUAUAUAAAGAGAUUUGAAUUAGUUUAUUCUAUGCACAUUCAUUAUUAGACCUCUUCUCUUGCCUUCUCCGUCAUCUGCUCUCACGUUUCUGCGAAAUUUUUUUUUAUCCAUCUCCACUAGCAUUUCACAGGAAACAAUAGAAGUAAUUUGAUUUCUUCAAACGAAAGUUUCUUUCAUCAUUCUGGUCUAUAUUAAUAUACAGGAAUUUGGCAGGUGCAUACUUUAGAGAUUAAGGAUGUUAGGAGAUAUUGUCACCAGAUGUCUUCUGUUGCUUUUUGGGUAUGCCUACCCUGCUUUUGAAUGUUUCAAAUCUAUAGAGAAUAACAGAGUUGAAAAAGAAGAACUUCGAUUUUGGUGUCAAUAUUGGGUCAUUAUUGCAAUUCUUACUAUAUGUGAGAGGAUAGGGGAUACAUUUGUUUCAUGGUUGCCAAUGUAUGGUGAGAUUAAGCUGGCACUCUUUAUCUGCUUGUGGUAUCCAAAAACAAAGGGAACUGGCUACAUCUAUGAAACUUUGCUGAGGCCUUUUGUAACAAGGCAUGAAACCGAUAUCGAGAGGAAGCUACUGGAGUUGAGAGCUAGAGCCUGGGACUUUGCACUUUACUAUUGGCAAAACUGCACAGAUUUGGGGCAGAGUGCAUUCUUUCAAGUUCUUGAGUACUUGACUGCUCAACCAGGAAAAUUUUCAGGCAAACGCGCCAAGAAGGCGAGCAAGUACGAACCCAGCGCACCCCCGGCACCACCGGGUCUAAUAAGUGAACUGCCCUCAAUGAGCAAGCACAAGAACAAGAAGUAGCAACCACAGCUGUUCAGCAGCACAAUCUACCGUGCAGUUUCGGAGUCACCAAAAUCCAACCACGUUCAAGUCCACCUCCACGAACAAACAGAAGUUGUACUUUCGGUGGACCCAAGCACCGCCCCUGAAUCUGAUGUCAGUGACAAGCUCCAACGGGCCCGAAUGAGGCUCCGCCGUUAGGAGCCAAUCCAAAACUGAAGAUUGAAACCAAAUUGUACAAAAACCAGUCAAACCUUAUAGAUAGAAGGAAAAGAAAAAAAACACCUUUGUAAUUGUUUUCUUCAUUUCUGAAUCCAGUUUGAUUUAUAUUCA